AUGAAGGUCACCGGCUCCACCAUUCUCUUCACUUCCGCCCUUGCGGCCACUGGCACUGCAGCUCUGUCCACUUCCUCAACCUACCAGCUCCGCGUCUCCAGCUCCGCCAAUACUGCCAUUAAUGGCGGUUUCAUUGCAGUUAAAGAUACCGGCGUAACGACCUCUCCCAAUCCUAUGGGCCUCUGGCUCACUGACCGCAAAGCUCGCGACCCUUACCAAUUUAAGCUCGCCACCUCGCCCUCCGACUCUCGGCUUUAUCAAAUCCUGGGCACCCUAAAGCAGACUCACCUAGUGCUCUAUGGGGAUAAAGUUGCUAUGGGCUUGUUCGAUAUCCCGAUAGGGUCCAAAGUCGAGGUAAAGGAUGGAGAGGCCACGUUCGACGACAAAUUCACCACAUUGGGACAGCAGGGUGCAACAACGCUCCGGCAUGGCCAGGACUUCAAUUCUUCCGGAACCGACAUUCCAACUGGUGGCGCGGGGAGCUGGAGGGCUUGUAAGGGGGAUACUGUUAACGACUACCAGCUCUACUGGUAUGAUGGAAGCUCUCCUCUCCCUAUCAAGAACUGCGAAGGCAUCUCCCUUGACCUUGUCGAGUCUACGCCCUCUCCUGCUUCUUCGGGGGGCCCCUUCUUGACCGGUGUCACUUCUCCUACCGCCACGGGCAGCUUCUUGACUGGUGUCACUGCCCCUACCGCUACCGGACGAGCCAAUUCCAGCGGCAUUGUCUCACCUACGCCUUCGUCUCCUGCCCAGGGUGGCGCUGGAUCCCACGUCUCUGAGAUCACCGGUCUGAUGAGCAUUGUCUUUGGUGUCUUGGCCUUCGCUUUCUAG